CCGAGGGACUUUUAUAACAAAAAAACAAAAAAAUACAUUCCUGUACAGCUUUGAUGAAGACGCCGACUUGCUAAGAUUAUUGCAAAAGGGACCCUCUUCAACAAGUAUGGGGUCACCAUGGAAACAGUUUCUCCUGCUGUCUGUCAUCAGUAGCCUUUCAGACUUUGCGAGAGCUGUUGCAGCGCGGCCUUUGUCAUACGCAGCGGUAUUGAGAAUGAAACAGGACGGCUCUUCAUCGGUGCUCAACUCGCGCAGCAGACCUCAACAGCACCACGGUGGAGGCCUGGCCACUCCUGACUGGCCGGCUUUUUCCAUUCACCCCCCGUCAGCCCUCAGCCUGCACGGCUCUCAGGAGGACUACAGGAGUGAAGAAAGCGAAAAGCACGGGCCCAUUUUUGUCCAGGAGCCAGAUGAUGUUAUUUUUCCCCUGGAUUCAGAUGAAAAGAAAGUGAUGAUGCACUGCCAGGCGCGGGGGAAUCCACCGCCCACGUACAGUUGGUACAUCAAUGGGACUCACGUGGAUUCGGAGACAGACUACCGCUACAACUUCAUUGAUGGAGACCUGGUUAUCACCAACGCCAGUGAGAUCACCGACCACGGGAGGUACCAAUGCAAAGCGGAGAACGGUUUUGGAACCAUCCUAAGUCAUGAUGCUCUACUACAGUUUGCCUAUCUUGGAGCUUUCAGUCCGAGGUCCCGGGGUGAGGUGUCGGUGCGCGAAGGCCAAGGUGUGGUGCUGAUGUGCACCCCUCCUCCUCACUCUCCAGAGAUUAUCUACAGCUGGGUUUUCAAUGAGUUCCCCUCAUUUGUUGCCGAGGACAGUCGGCGUUUCGUCUCCCAGGACACCGGGAACCUGUACAUCUCGAAGGUGCAGUCGGCAGAUGUGGGAAGUUACAUCUGCCUGGUGAAAAACGCAGUGACCAAUGCGAGGGUUCUGAGUCCUCCAACUCCUCUGACGCUCAAAACCGACGGUGUCAUGGGUGAAUAUGAGCCCAAAAUUGAAGUGCAUUUCCCCACAUCUGUUCUGGCCGCCAAAGGACUGACUGUGAGACUGGAGUGCUUUGCUCUAGGAAACCCUGUGCCAACUAUCACUUGGAGGAAGAUAAAUGGCAAUAUCCCCAAGAAGGCGAGACUUCGGAAGUCUCAGGCAGUAUUAGAGAUUCCCAAUAUUCAGCUGGAUGACUCGGGAACUUAUGAAUGCAAAGCCGAGAAUCCGAGAGGAGGAACUGCUUUCAAAGGACAUCUGCAGGUCUACACCCUCCCUCAGUGGGUCAGAAUGAUUAAUGACACUCAGAUGGAUAGUGGAGAGAAGCUCCAAUGGGAGUGCAAGGCCAUCGGGCGGCCGCGGCCCACCUAUCACUGGCUCCGCAACGGCUUGCCCUUGACACCCCAGGGUCGCGUUGAAAUCGUGAAUGGGGAAUUAACCAUUCACAAAGUGCAGCAGACGGACUCGGGAAUGUUCCAGUGUGUCGCAGAAAACAAAUACGGGGCCAUAUACUCCAAUGCUGAACUCAAGAUUUUAGCAUCGGCUCCUGUCUUUGUCCCCAAUCCUAUACGGGUCAUAGCCACGCUUGGAAAAGACGUGUCUCUGGAAUGCAAACCGAGAGCAUCACCCAAACCACGGAUCACAUGGCGGAGAGGAGACAGAAAGAUACAGCCAAGUAAAAGGAUUAUGUUGUUACGGAACAACACACUGAAAAUUGUUAACUCCAGCCGAGCAGAUGAGGGGAACUAUGUGUGCCGGGCGGAGAAUCAGUUGGGCUCGGCAGAGAUGACUGCCAUGCUGUGGGUAAAAGAGGCCAUGCGCGUGGUGCUGGGCCCGAGCAGAGUGGAGGUGACGGUGGGCGAGAGCGUGGUGCUGAGCUGCAGAGCCACGCACGACACGUCGCUGGACGUGGCCUUCCAGUGGUUCUUCAACCAGAAACCCAUUAACUUUCAGCAAGACGGGGACCACUUUGAAUACAUCCAAACAGUAAGAGCAAGACAGUCCUCAACAGUGGAUCUGAUGAUUAGGAGCAUUUUAUUGAAACAUGCUGGGAAGUAUGGAUGCAGAGCCCAGACCAGUGCUGACACCAUAUUUGCAGAGGCUGAACUUCUUGUGCGAGGUCCACCCGGACCCCCUGGAGUGAUGAUAGUGGAGGAGAUCACAGACAGCACAGCGACUCUGUCUUGGACACGAGGCCUGGAUAACCACAGCCCUAUCAGCACCUAUAAUUUACAAGCCCGGAGCCCAUUUUCAUUAGGGUGGCAAACUGUCAAAACAGACCCAGACCCGGUGACGGGGGACAUGGAGUCUGCCAUGGCCGUGGAUCUCAACCCCUGGGUGGAGUAUGAGUUUCGGGUUGUGGCCAGCAAUGGGAUCGGGACCGGAGACCCCAGCGCGCCCUCCAGACGGGUCCGGACGAAAGAAGCAGUUCCUUCAGUCUCACCGUCCAACGUCGGCGGAGGCAACGGCCGCAGGCACGAACUGGUCAUCUCGUGGGAGCCUGUGUCUGAGGAGUUCCAGAACGGCGAGGGCUUCGGAUAUAUUGUUGCAUUUCGCGCCAACGGGACCAGAGGUUGGAAGGAGAAGAUGGUGACGUCAGCGGAUGCAACCACGUACAAGUACAGGGACGAGACCUUCCCUCCCCUCACCCCAUUCGAGGUAAAGGUCGGUGUGUACAACAAUAAGGGAGAUGGGCCGUUCAGCAAAGUUGUCAUCAUUCACUCUGCUGAAGGAGAGCCAAGGGAAGCACCGUCUGAUGUGAAAGCUUAUAGCAUUUCUUCCUCAGAAAUCAGGGUGACCUGGAAACCCCCUAGUCCCGGCCCUGGAAAGCCGAAAAGAUAUGAGGUCAGCUGCUGGAGGGACACGGAGAAGGAAGAGUCUGGGAAAAAACAGCUUACUGUGAAAAAUGAAACAUCUACGGUGUUGACAGGACUGGAGGGGGACAGUCAGUAUCUCAUCUCUGUGAAAGGCUUCAACAGCAUCGGCCAGGGUCCUGCCAGUGCUCCUUUCACAGUCAAGACCAGGAAAUACCCUCCUGCUCAGCCUCCAAACAACCUCAUGUGGAUCCAAGAGGGCAACAAUAUUUCAUUGAACUGGGACCCAGUGAAGGCAAAAGACAAUGAAUCUGACGUCAUCGGAUACAUGGUUUUACUGAAGCAGGAGGGCCGCGGCCACAACCAGGUGACAAGAACCAUCAACCCGUCCACCAUGCUCACGCUGCCAGAGGGAGGCACUUACAUCAUCGAGGUCCGGGCACUGAGUGAAGGCGGAGAGGGAGCAGUCAGCUCCCAAGUUCGAGUUGUCACAUCCUCCGGUGUGCGGGCGAAGAGCAGCCAGUGCUCGGUGCACUGCCUGCCCUGGACCCUGACGUGGUCGGCGCUGCUCCUGGUUCUUCUGGUGCCUUGAGCUUCCUGGUGAGGCCACUGGACCAUCCUCGCUUUUUUACGAAGGGGAGGGGGGGCCCCAGUCUUCUGCUCCCUCACUCCCUCUGACUGCCUGCUUGCUUCGGCCACACAUCUCAAAGGGCCUGAGGCGUGCCAACGGGGGGUUGAGUCUGCCGGCCAACGCGCAGCUCCUCACACUUCUUAUUUUUUCAGUUUCCUGUUUUAUUCGUUUGAGGCCUUGGAUGUUUGAUUUGCACAGAUCUUUUUGGACAUCACAGUAGUGUUGUACUGUAGUGUGCUUUGUGUGGAAAGAUUUAUUUAAUCACUUUUAACGUUCUGUGUUCCUCCCAUUGACUGGCAUCGAACCACUUACGGACGGCUUGUGCAGCUCUGGGGAUCCGCAGAGCAUGAACAAUUCCUCGAAAGCUGCUGUGGUAGUAAUACAGGGAUCCGCCAGCCUGUUUCUUUUCAUUACUUAUCUGCAUCAAUUUACCCCUCGGCUGCCUAACAAGCAUCGCAGCAGAAGCUCAGUAGAGAUAAGUGCAUUGUUUUUUCUUAUUCAUACAUUGACGAGAAGAAAAAGAAAACUUAAAGUUUUAUAUGGACCCAAGAAUCUUGCUAUUUCCAGACUUACUUUUUGUACAUUGUGUUACCUUUAGACAAAACAACAGUGGUGUGUGUCAGCUAUGUCCAACUCUGUUUUUUGGUAGCAGUUCAGCAGUGCUCGGUGAAACUGUUUGACCGUUGGAUGUAUGGAAAUAGGAAACAGGCACCUACCUGUAGUGCCCAAACACAUCAAGAGACAAAGACAACUCUGUAUGGACUCCUGGUGUCAGUACAAAUAAAU